UGUGCAUAAAGGAACACUCUUCAGAAUUGUAAUUGUGCCUUGACAACCCUCCUUCCACUUCAGCGCGCAGACAUGGUUGGUUUUUGCUCAGCGUUGGUGGUUGGAGACGCUGCACGCACUUGGUGGAUUAUGAACAAAUGAAUAGGAAUGCAUUGAAUUUGAAGCAGUUUAAACGUGUUCGUGAGAAUGUGAGAGAUUGUGUGAACACCUAACCUAAUCCUCUUAAAAGACUGCAGGUAUUAUGCUGAGCCGUGGAGAGGUGUGAGCUGUCAUCCUGCGGUGCGCCCUUGUAGCUGCUCACCAAAAACUAGAGUCAGCAUCUCUCAACCAAUCCCUUUACCUUAGCGCACACAGCUGGAGAGAGACCUCGCGUCUACAACACCUCUAUCACAACAACUCAGCUAUUAAAGGUUGGAGCUGGGACAUCAUGCCAGGGCUAUGACAUUAAAACAGAGUAUGCUGAAGAUGUGUGCUGACCGCUCGCUGAACUGCAUUAUUUGGCCAACUAAUGCUACUGGACCUGUUCCCAUAAGCCUGACCAGGCAUCUGACACGGGCCUAAUAAUCUACAGUGGGAAUCAAGACCACUCUGGCAGCGGUGAACAAUGCAUUUGCCACAAAGACGGAGACUUAAUCGGAGUCGCAUCCUCUUCUUCCUCUCUGGUGUAUUACUGUGCUGCGUCUACACCGUGACGUUCAAGGCCCGGCUGCAGGAGCCAUGGGUGGCCCGCCAGGCCGCAGCAGAGGAGGAUCCUGGGACAGCACUCCCAGAGGAAGGGGGCGGUAGUGAUAAUAGAAGUGUUCUGGAGGUAGACACACGAAAGGUGGUGACCUCUAACCCCUCUAGCCUAACAGAGAGCUAUAACGAUGACGUCAUCACCAGGGCUCCUACUGUGCUGCAGGGGGAUGACGUCAUGGUGAUAACUGUCAACAGGACGGACAUUAAGCACUGUAUCUACGUAGAGGACCCUGAACCUGAGCCUCCGACUGAACCUCCUCCCACCUCCCCUCCUCCUAACACCACCACCUCCCCAGGUAUCCCUGGAGACGUCCCCCACAGGAAGGGAGAGUACCCAGAGGACCUGUUCACGGUGGACCAGAGGAGGCAGGGCUGGGUGACCCUCCACAUCCUGGGCAUGGUCUACAUGUUCGUCUCCCUCGCCAUCGUCUGUGACGAGUUCUUCGUCCCGGCGCUCGGCGUCAUCACCGUGAAGCUCGACAUCUCCGACGACGUCGCCGGGGCAACCUUCAUGGCUGCAGGAGGCUCCGCCCCCGAACUGUUCACCUCUCUGAUUGGCGUGUUCAUCUCCCAUAGCAACGUGGGCAUCGGGACAAUCGUGGGGUCAGCGGUGUUUAACAUCCUGUUUGUCAUCGGGAUGUGUGCCAUCUUCUCCAGGGAGAUGCUCCACCUCACCUGGUGGCCCCUGUUCAGAGACGUCUCCUUCUACAUCAUAGAUCUGGUCAUGCUGAUAGUGUUCUUCUUGGACAACACCAUCAUGUGGUGGGAGAGCGUAAUGCUGGUGUCAGGUUACGUAGCCUACGUCUGCUUCAUGAAGUUCAACGUGCAGAUCGAACACUUCGUCAAGACGCAGAUCAACAAACACAAGAGCAUUGUCAAGAUCAUCAUGCCGGAGGAGGAGGAGAAGGAACCCAAGAAGAAGAACAGUGGACCUCCACCACCUGAUCCACCCCAAAACAAUGUUUCACCAGAACCCAAACCACAACCUCAAGACUCACCCCAGAAGAGAGACAGAGAAAAAUUGAAGGUGAAGCCCACUCUCCAGAGAGGAGGCAGUAAUGCUUCUCUCCACAACAGCACCAACAGAAACACCAUCUUCCAGCUGAUGAUCCACACACUGGACCCUCUGGGAGAAGCUGGACCUGAGAAGACUGAGCAGGCCGAACCCUCGACCUCCCAGACCACACCUAAAGAAGAGGAGAAACCAGGCCCGUCAGAGACUCAGACGGACCAGGGGCCAGCGGGCGCAGGGGGGUCUGACGGCUCAGACAGUGGUGAGGAGGACGAGAGCGAAGAAGAGAGCGAGGAUGAGGAAGAUGAGGAUGAUGAAGACAAAGAGGAUGAUGAGGAAAAUAAAGAUGAAGAAGAGGAAGAGGGUGAAGAGAAUGAGGAACCUCUGUCAUUAGAAUGGCCAGACACCAGGCGUAAACAGGCCACAUAUCUUUUUCUCCUACCGAUAGUGUUCCCUCUGUGGCUCACUGUGCCCGACGUACGCAACCCAGCUUCCAGAAAAUACUUUGCCAUGACGUUUAUUGGUUCCAUCACGUGGAUCGCUGUGUUCUCCUAUCUAAUGGUCUGGUGGGCACAUCAGGUGGGUGAGACCAUAGGCAUCUCAGAGGAGAUCAUGGGCCUGACCAUCCUGGCAGCAGGCACCUCCAUCCCUGACCUCAUCACUAGUGUCAUCGUGGCCCGUAAAGGACUAGGAGACAUGGCUGUGUCCAGCUCAGUGGGAUCUAACAUCUUUGAUAUCACUAUGGGACUGCCUGUCCCAUGGUUGAUCUUCUCGGCGAUGCAAGGCGGUGUACCGGUGGCGGUGAACUCCAAUGGUCUGUUCUGUGCCAUCGUGCUCCUCUUCGUCAUGCUCCUCUUCGUCAUCGUCAGCAUCGCGGCGUGUCGGUGGAAGAUGAGCCGUGUUCUGGGCUUCACCAUGUUCAUGCUUUACUUCGUGUUCCUGGUGCUCAGUGUGAUGCUGGAAGACCGUAUUAUUAUCUGCCCCGUCUCCAUCUGAGGUCAGACACCAUUAUGUUAGCUUCAGGAACGGUUAUUUUUUUACUAAAAUGAAACUGUAUAUGUUGUACUGUACAGAGCAUUAUGGGUACUGUAGUACAUCAUAUUACAAUGAGGAGGGAGGAAAAAAAGAGGCGUGUCAGGAAGUCCUUUAAAUAAUAACCUCCAAACUGUAUCGUUGUCAGUCACUAACAUUCACGGCUAUCACGGUAUAGGGGGUUAGGGUUAGAGAUUCCCUAGUGUUACUGUUCACAGAGGUGAUUGUGUUGUCUAUGUUGAGCCACGUAUUGUUGAAUCAGUGGACACCUCCGUGGCUGGACUAUUGCUGGUCUCUUUCACCAGAAUGACGUGCAGCAGUAGAGUUUGUCUGUCCACAACUACUGAAGAGAGACACAGUAAUUGUAGAAGUUGUCCAGCCACACACACACAUCCAUUUUAGUGUUCAUCCAUGUAAAAAUGUCAAUACAGUCAUUUCUUUUAGAGUAAAAAAAAAACGACAACAAAAAUGGUUUAUCAGGUGCAGAGAGGUACAGCAGCUUGAGUUGUAAUGUAAUGAUUCUGUGUCUAGAAAACCCAGGAAUGGUGUAGUGCAGUUACACGACCCAUAUGUAAACCCAGGAAUGGUGUAGUGCAGUUAAACGACCCAUAUGAAAACCCAGGAAUGGUGUAGUGCAGUUACACGACCCAUAUGUAACCAUUACUUCAUUAACUGUCAGCAUUGUAGUGUCAUGUGUUAUGUAUGUAUGCAAUACACUUGUGUGGGUCAGAUGGAUGCAAAGAGAAUGUAUUGAUGUAUACUAAACUAUCCAUAUGUUGUACUUACAAUCCAUGCUGCAAUUAAAUCAUUUUUUAAAUAAUAUUCAA